AAGGUUCCAUGGCCGUUUGCGACAAGAGAAAUGCUGGUCACGUCUUUCGAACUGGAGCUACCUGAAUUGGAUGCCGUGGUUGGCUGCUUGCGAACAGUCCCCCAGGAAGCAGAGACUAUCGUCAAGGAGACCAUCCAUGGUUUUAAUGCUUCUCAUUUGCCUCCUCCAAAAGAGGGCGUCAUUCGCAUGGAAGCCAACGGUGGAUUCAUCCUCCAGAAGAUUAGCGACGAGAAAUGCUACAUAAGAGCAGUAAUACACCUGGACCUUAAGCUCGACCUUGUUCCGACAUGGGUGAUUAACUUCCUUGGGCGUCAAGUUGUGGGACACGGCUUCAGGCUAUACCUCAAGACUGUUUCUUCUGUUAAAGAGAGCAAAGUGUUUCAAGAAUGCAUCAGGCAACAGCCACUCUACAGCCGCAUAACGUUACAGAUGCUACCAAAAUCGAGCCACGAAAAUGGAUACAAGAGUUGAGGUGCUUUUCAUAGGAACUAUUCAUAAGCUUCCUGCACAAGAGCAUUUACAUUUAUAAACAAUUUAUAAACAAAGAGGAGCUUGAGGCCCACCGAUACUCCUGAAAAGUCCGAACUUA